AUUUGAUUCGAGUGAGGUCUUCCCUAACUUUUACAAGGAUGGAUGAACAGAUUUGAAUUACAAUAGAAACCCUCGCAAAAGCAACAAUGGCGGAUGAAUCACCACCAGGAGAACCAGCAGCAACAUUGUUCCCGGUUUUCAAUCAAAACCCCACAACCACCUCCGAACCAAUAAACCCUCUACAAGUCUCUAAUUCCAACGCUCCAGGCUGGCUCAGCAACACCAGCUUCACCGCCGACAUCUCUACCAUCAACGACGUCGUAUCCACUCGCUACCAUCACUACAGCGAACCCGACGACGACGACGAAGAAGAAACAGCAGCAGAAGCAGAGGAGAGGCGGCCGCAGUCUCGUUACGAAUUGGUGGACUCUUCGGCAUCGGAUCAGGACAUCGACGGGAAUAACCACAGCAGCAAUAAAAAGGAGAAACGGAAACGGAGAAAGACAAAGAAGGGAGCGGCAAGCAGUGGUUACGAAUAUGGACCUUCUUCUAGGAAACAAAACAUUCAAUCGUGGGCAAAUAAUGCUACCACUUCAUCUGCAAACAAAGAGUAUUACUUCGAUUCUCGCGGUGAUCGUGAUAAUUUGGCUUUUGGCUCUCUUUACAGAAUGGAUGUUGCCCGAUAUAAACUCUUCCAUGGAACCAAGUCUUCUGGAUUUAACUCCAAUGUAUUCCAUUCUUCAAACGCUAGGAGUUGGGGGUUUGAUGGAGAUAAUGAUGUAAAUUCAUUAGACACUAAGCUUAGAUCCGAAGGUCGUUAUUGGUCUGCUAAGUAUGCUGCAUUGGAGCACCAUAAGAACUUUAAACGCCUUAGAAUCAUUGCCCCUAAAGACUCCACCCCAGAACUUGGUACAGAUUUUGUACCACUUUCAGAUGAGUUGACUUCUUCCAAUGGUCAAGAUUCUUCAUUGGUUGAAGAAUCAUGGGAAGAUGAGGUGUUACGAAAGACUAAAGAGUUCAAUAUAAUGACUAGGGAGCAUCCAUAUAAUGAGAAAUUUUGGUUAGAAUUUGCUAACUUUCAAGAUAAGGUUGAAAGUAGGCAACCACAAAGAGGUGCUAGAUUACAAACAUUGGAGAAGAAGAUUAGCAUAUUGGAAAGGGCAGUUGAGGUCAAUCCUGAUAAUGAAGAACUGCUUCUUGCACUUAUGAAUGCGUAUCAAAGAAGGGAUAAUAAUGAUGUGUUGAUUGGUAGAUGGGAGAAGCUACUUAUGCAUCAUUCUGGAAGCUAUAAACUUUGGAGGGAGUUUUUGAGAAUUGUUCAAGGGGAUUUUUCAAAAUUUAAGGUUUCUGAAGUGAGGAAGAUGUUUGCCAAUGCAAUACAGGCUUUGUCAGCUGCAUGCAGCAAACAGCAUAGGCAGGCUCACCAGAAUGAUAUGGUUGACCAAGAACUUGGACUGGUCAACAUAUUUGUGAGUUUAUGCCAUUUUGAGUGGCAAUCAGGCUAUCAAGAAUUGGCUACAGCUCUAUUUCAAGCUGAAAUAGAAUACAGUUUAUUCUGUCCAUCUUUACUUCUUUCUGAACAAGGUAAACAGAGACUGUUUGAGUAUUUCUGGAAUAGCAGUGGUGCAAGAAUUGGGGAAAAUGGGGCUCUUGGGUGGUCAACAUGGGUGGAAAAAGAGGAAGAACAGAGGCAAAAGGUAAUGAUGGAGUCUUCUGAUAUUGUUGAUGAAGGGGGGUGGACAGGGUGGAGUGAAUUAAAAGAAAAUCGGGAAAAUGAAGAAGAUAUGGGAGCUGAUGAUGUGGGAAUGGAGGGAAAUGAUAAUGAUGAUGUGGAAGAGAAAGAGAAAGAGAAAGAUGAUACUGAGGCUUUGAUGAAGUUGCUUGGUAUUAAUGGUGAAAUUGAAGGAAAUGGUGAAGUGGAAGAUGUUUCAACUUGGGUUAAAUGGUCUGAAGAAGAGUUGUCAAGAGAUUGUGAUCAAUGGAUGCCUAUUCGUACAGAAUCUGCAGGAAAUGCACUUGAGAAUGUGGUCACAGAUAAAGAAGAUGAAGCCCGUUUAUCAUUGCUAUACCAUUUUAUUGAUUUCUUUGGUGGAAGAAUUCCUCAGUGGUGUUCAACUAAUAGUUCAAGUUGGGCUGAAAAAACCCUAGUUAUGGACUCAUUACCAGAUUCUAUGUUAAAUGACUUGAGAAAAGUUGAGGAGAUAUUAACAAAAACAGAUGAGAAUUACAGUUUAGAACAUGUUUUAAACAGCUCUGAUAACAUAAACAUGAGAAGUGAAAUGAUGAAAUUUGUUAGAAAUGUUAGUUUACAAUGUUUAAAUGUAUUUCCACAUGAUCAUAUUUUAAAAGAAGCUGCACUUGUUGCUGAAGAGCUUUCAAACACAAAGAUGAAUUCCUUCAGUGUUGCUAUUACUCCAUGUAGGACGUUGGCUAAAAGCCUCUUGAAAAGCAAUCGUCAGGAUGUACAUUUAUGUGGUGUUUAUGCAAGAAGAGAAGCUGCAUUUGGGAAUAUAGAAUAUGCAAGAAAAGUAUUUGACAUGGCAUUAUUAUCCAUUGAAGGGCUUCCUUGGGAUCCCAAAUCAAACGCCUCACUUUUAUUCCUUUGGUAUGCUGAACUUGAACUUGAAAUUUCCAACAACAAUUCUUCUAGAAGCUCAGAGGCAUUAUCACGAACAUUACACAUUCUUUGUUGCUUGGGAUGUGGGGUAAAAUAUAGUCAAUUCAAAAGUCAACCAUCAAGUUUACAACUGUUAAGGGCACGUCAGGGAUUUAAAGAACAAAUAAGGGUAAUUCAGGGAAUUUGGAUUCAUGGGAGUAUUGAUGAAAAUUCUGUUGCUUCUAUUUGUUGUGCUUCUUUAUUUGAAGAGUUGACUUCUGGAUGGGAAUCUGGAAUAGAAAUUUUAAAUCAAUCUCUUUCCAUGGUGCUUCCAGAAAGGAGAAGCCAAAGUCAUCAACUUGAAUUACUAUUCAACUUUUAUAUACAAAUGCUAUGGAAGCAUCAUUCUGAAGCAGAACUUGCAAAUAUUUGGAAAACUUUGGUGCAAGAAUUACAGAUAUACCCCUUCAGUCCUAAACUCUAUAAUACACUUAUUCAAAUUGGACAUCUUCAUACUUCCCCUAGUAAGCUUCGACGGAUCAUUGAUGAUUACUUACACAAGAAACCAUCAGUGAGUGUUUGUCUGUUUGCAUUAUCGUAUGAGAUUAGAAAAGGAAGUUCUCAUCAUAGAGUACAUAGAAUCUUUGAAAGGGCAUUGAGUGACAACAUGUUGAAAAGUUGUGUACUUUUAUGGCGUUUAUAUUUGUCGUAUGAAAUCCAUGUCACACGUGACAUGUCAGCAGCUAGAAGAAUUUACUUUCGUGCCAUUCACUCGUGUCCAUGGUCAAAAAGGCUAUGGCUUGAUGGAUUUGUGAAACUAAGCUCUGUGUUAAGUGCAAAAGAGCUCUCGGAUUUGUUGGAAGUUAUGCGUGACAAAGAGAUGAAUGUGAGGACGGAUGUAUAUGAAAUCCUUUUGCAAGAUGAGAUGGAUGUGUCCAAAUAAGUUUAGGCAAAAAUGGGGAUUGUAUAUUACAUGUUGUAAGGCUCUAGUUUUUCUUUUUAUUAAAAAGGAAAUUGUUUUAGUUUCUUCAAGUCUUCGUAUAUAGGCCUCAAGCGAAAAGGUAUUGUAUACAGUUGAACAUGACAUCACAUAAUAGUUGUACUGUGUUUGGUAUGUAUUGAAUCAAGAUCAAUACUCAUGUCAAUAGGACAACAUAAAAAACUGUAAUUUAUCUGAGACUGAAUGAAACCGAUGUCAAUAGGAUGAAAAAUGGAAUACCACAAAUUAUAAUGAAUGGAAAUUUUAUUGGUGAUUAAA